AUGAAAAAGUCAUGCAGAUUGCAUUUAAUUGCUGCAUACAUUCAGACCCAUGCUCAUGCAAUGAUGACUGUGCUCAAAGUCAAAGUUAUGACUUAUGAGCAUGAUUGUCUUGCUGCUGCUGAUUUGUUGAAGAAUGAGAUGAAGAAGAAGAUGAAAACAUUUCAGAAUUAUUUGCAGACUUUAUUGAAUGAGGAGAUGCUAUCAUCAUCAGAGAAGAUGAAUGAGAAGAAGUUUGAGAUUGUUGUCUCUUCUGAUGAAGAGAAGAAGAAUGAGGAGGAGAAUGAUGAUUAG